CUGAGCCAGGCGGGGAUCCUCAAUGGAGGUGAUGCGUGUGUGGUGUGAAAGGUUCCCGGAUGUAGAUUUUCGCCAUUUUUUUUUUUUUACUCCAGUACAACCGGUGGGGUGGAAACGCCACUGAUCUAUCCGUUGAUUUUCCAGGAACCACCGACAGAUUGACCUAGUAGCAGCUACUGUCGAGCCUUUUUUAGCAAUUUGUCAGUUAAACUAGACUAUUCGACACUCGGAACAAAAUGGGCGAUCGGGAUGAUUUAGUAUAUCAGGCAAAACUCGCCGAACAGGCUGAGAGAUAUGACGAAAUGGUGGAGUCCAUGAAAAGAGUGGCCGGGUUGGAUGUGGAACUAACAGUCGAGGAGCGAAACCUACUAUCAGUGGCCUACAAAAAUGUCAUUGGGGCGAGGAGAGCAUCAUGGAGGAUAAUCAGCAGUAUUGAACAAAGGGAAGAAAACAAGGGUGGAGAAGACAAAUUGAAAAUGAUCCGGGAAUACAGGCAAACAGUUGAGAACGAGCUGAAGUCAAUCUGUAAUGACAUUUUGGAUGUACUGGACAAGCAUCUUAUUCCAGCUGCCAACACGGGAGAGUCCAAGGUCUUCUACUACAAAAUGAAAGGCGACUACCACAGGUAUCUGGCUGAGUUUGCCACCGGGAACGACAGGAAGGAGGCUGCAGAGAACAGUUUGGUCGCCUACAAAGCUGCGAGCGACAUCGCCAUGAUCGAACUGCCACCUACACACCCCAUUCGCCUAGGCCUCGCUCUUAACUUCUCCGUAUUUUACUAUGAAAUCCUCAACUCGCCCGACCGCGCCUGCAGGUUGGCGAAGGCUGCGUUCGAUGACGCCAUCGCAGAGCUGGACACGCUGAGCGAAGAAAGCUACAAGGACUCCACACUAAUCAUGCAGUUGUUACGCGACAACCUGACACUAUGGACUUCAGACAUGCAGGGAGAUGAAUCCUAAAGGAACAAAACAGCCGUUUAUUUCCCAUAAUCUGUACUUUCAGGUGAAGAACAACAGAACAAAGAGGCGCUGCAAGAUGUGGAGAACGAGCCCCAGUAAGACCUCACAGCCAACUUGAGACCCCCGCCUCCACACUCACCCCUCCCCCAAAAUGAAAACAAACCAGAGUCCCAACAGGAGCCACCACGCCCAAGUGACAGCGGCUCUCUAGAGAUAAUCAGUUCUCUUCAUUAACAUUUUAUUUUUUUCCCCUUAAAUUCAAUUCAAAUAUAAAUACCACUUAAUUGAGACGACAUACAAUUUUGGAAAGACAGAGUCCCUGGAUAAUUUUAUUUUUCUUGGUACAAGCAUUUCUGAUUUUUAUCUUCAUUAUUGUAUUUUUUGUUUUUGCUCUUUCCUCAAUAUUUUAUCAGUUGCUGGAUGUAUUUUGAGAAUUUUUUUUCUUAAUGUAAUUACAGAAAUUAACUUUUAUUACUGAUAUGUCUAUUAGUUGUGGGAGCUGUAAUAUUUCUGUGUUAGUGAAAGAUGCAAAUCAUUAAACCUUCUAAGGGCAAGUCUAAACAAAGUGCUCUUCUUAACUUAGUUUUUCAGAGGAAGUCGGCAAAAUUCUUGAUAUCCACGUGGAGCAAAAUGCUUAACUUUUACACCAUAGUGAUUCUAUUGUGAUGUUUUGGAUUGUACUUUGUGCUAAAAUACUGUAUUGUGCGUACUUGCUGAUUUCAGAUGGUGGCUGGUAGCGGUUUUAAAACUCCAAGGGAGCAUUGUUGCGUUUAGUGAAGAAACGGCUCUCGAUUGGCUUCUGUUGCAAAAUGACAGGGUUCUAAAUAGAUGACUUCAAGCCUGCAUGAGUUAAUGAAUAGUUUUUCUGCCUCUUUCCCCUCCUUUACGUUGUUCAUGUUUUUCUUUUCUUUUUGCUGCAUUAUGUGUAACUUAAAGCUAAUUUGUACUACUGGAUAUCUGACUGGAGCCACAGAUAGAGCACCUGUAUUGUUCUUACUGAAACACAGCAUGGAAUUAACAUUAAACAAUCUAAAUUAAACAUA